UACAAACAAACCUUACCUAACCAGUUAAAUUAUAUUCAUUGUGCACUCUACACGUGAGAAUAGUGAACGCAAAAGAUCGCGGAACGAUGAUCGUGCCGUGGGCUCUGUUGGCCUUCGUAGCCGCCGCAGCCGCGCGAUCCGCCUCCCCAAUAGACUUCACACCUGUCAACGAAUUUACAUUACAAUUACUAGAAAAUACUUACGCGUUUCAAGAGAAUUUUGGCACCAAAAAUAUUGCGUUAUCACCGCUGUCUGUAUGGAGUAUUUUCGCGUUGUUAGCUGAAGGAUCUUCGGGCGAAACGUUUUCUGAAUUAGUGAGUGCGUUAAGAUUACCCAAAGAUUUAAGGAAGACUCAGUGUUUGCAUACGGCCGCUAGCGAUGUGUUGAAGUCUCGGGAUCAGGAUGUGAUAGUGAAGGGACAGUCGGCUAUGUUCACGGAAUGCUCCACAAAGGUACAUGAUGAGUUCUGCCAAUCUGCACUUAUGUACGACAUGUCAAUUUACGCCGCUGAAACUAAAAAUUCAACUGAAUUAGCUCAUGAUAUUAAUGUGUUCAUCUGCUAUGCUACUGAUGGGAGAAUUCUAAAUGCAGUGAAGCCGCAAGACCUGGAUAACUUACAGAUGGUGUUGAUUGAUGCUUUAUACUUCAAAGCUAAUUGGACACAUCCAUUUGAUUCUACACAAACUAAGGUAGAAGAUUUUUACAACUCACAAGGGAAGACUAUUGGAAAAGUGAACAUGAUGUACCACAAAGCACCGCACUACGUAGGCGACUCAGAUGAACUCAGUGCUCAAGUCCUAGAAAUGACUUACGGGAAAAACGAGGACUACUCAAUGAUAAUCAUCCUACCGUACGACGGGAUAUCAGUGAAAACUGUGCUCAAUAACUUGGCUACUAAGUCACAAAAUUGGAUGGACGACUUUAGAAGCGAAGGUAGUUUACCAGGCAUUGACACGUAUAUACCAAGAUUUAGUUUAUCAUCGCGCUUAGAUUUGAUUCCUCCGCUCAUGUAUUCGGGGAUAACCUCUAUCUUUGAUAGGACUAAAGCGAAGCUACCUGGGAUUGCUGACAAUCCAUUGUAUGUGACUUCUUCAAUCCAAAAUGUGGAAAUCGAAGUGAAUGAGGAAGGUACUGUAGCAGCUGCAGCCACGAUUGUGGGACUAGAAGAUAGAAUAUUGGGACAGAGAUUUGAGGCGAAUAAAGAAUUCAUAUUUUUAAUUACGCAAAGAAGUUGCAACGUGAUUUUAUUCGCUGGUGUUUAUGGAGAACCGUCCGUUGUGUGAUCUUUGAAAGUGUGAAAACUUGUGAUAAUAAUUUACAGAACUAUGUUUUUGGUGUUAAAAAUUUAAGGGAAGUGAUGGCUGUUUUUUUGUGUCUUAAUAAUCUGUUUAAAAAAAUAUUGUUCUCAAAUAGUAUGUGUUGUUAAAUCGGUAGAUUUUGCUUAACACUAAGUGUACAGUUGUAAAGUAAUUUUUAACGUUCUGUCUACGAACGUGAUUAAAACAUGUUUUUGCAUGCGGAAAGAAAUAGGAAAAGUGUUCAAAAAUGUACUUUGAAUAUCUGACAUUCUAACUAGUUUGUUGCAUUUUGUUCCUUUGCCCAUGUUUUUUAUUUGUUAUUUUAUCAUUGUAUUACACAAUAUUUAUAUUUUUAACAUUAUAAAAAACAUCUGUUUUCCUUGUCAUUGUUUUGUAACAAAACUAAAUGUGAGAAAUAUUGUGAAACCUAUUUAAUGAUCAACGAAUGUUAUCAAAAUGAUGAUUAAUGAAUUUUAUAUUGAAAUUAUUAUAACAUUUCAAAUAGCAAUUAUGUAUAACGAGUAAUACUUUGUAUUGAACAGAUUUGCAAUAUUAUGAAUCAAUUAUAAAAUAAUUAUUAUUACAGUUAAUGUCAAAGUCACUUUAGAUUACUAUAAUUAUAAUUUCAAUGCUACUGAUGUCUGUAAAUGUUGUAACUGCACACUAUAGACUUUUAGUCGGCCGAUACUUUGAUAGGGCUCUUGAUAAGUAUGUAAAUGAAUGGUAGUACGCACAUAACAACGAUCAGGUAUUCUACCGGAAUCAGACCGACUGAAAACUUUGAUUGGAAUUAAGAUUUGUUUAAAAAAAAAAUUGCUAAUCAUCGGGUCGAAUGUCGGCCGACUGUUUAGUCUGCAGUAUACUCUAAAAUAAAUAGCUUUUUGAAAUGUGUUCUAUAAAUAUAAAAGAUAGGUAGUGCUCUAUUGAAUUGAGAAUUGAGUGGAGACCACGGACUAGUAAGCUCAGCGUAGGACGUCCACCAACAAGGUGGACAGACGACCUUAUAAAGGUCGCCGGAAGACGCUGGAUGCAGGUCGCCUCCAACAGGUAUCUGUGGAGAUCUAAAGCGGAGGCCUAUGUGCAGCAGUGGACGUCCUAUGGCUGAGAUGAUGAUGAUUUAUUUAAUUUUACUAUGUAAAUUACAGCCAUGACUUUCAAGUUUAUAACACCAUAAAUAAAUAAUAUUGCCAUUUGCACAGUUUUUACGAUAGGCAUAACUGUGAAUAAUUUUAGCUAAUAAUAUUUGUAUGUAAUUAAGUUAUUAAAUGUUUUAUUAUUUAUGA